AUGGGGUGUUCCAUUGCACAAUCCCACCUUCUGUAUGAUUGCAGGAGGCACGACAACGACGCGGAGAGGAUCUCUGAGAUCUCCGUCGCGCCUACCGCCGAGGAGAUCCUUUGCGAGAGGCCUCCCUACGUGCCCCGCAAUGCGCCCUCCACGUGGGACAGGAUGAAUCACCUAAAGCCUCUCGCGCCAGACUCUCCAGCCCCGUUGCUGGACACGCACUUUCGCCUCCUCCGGCAGGACUUCGUCGAGCCAUUGCGCGACGCAGUGCUGGGCUACCGCAGGGAGCAGCUCAAGGAGAAUCUCUAG